UCAGGCCACGCCCAGCGGCCUGCGCUCGGGGGUAGGUCCCGGCUCAGGUCCUGGCUUGGUCCUGGCUUAAGUCCGGGCUCAGGUCCCAGCGCCCGGAAUCACAAGGCCGGUAGGCAGGGGCCCCCAGCCGGCAAGCCGCAUGGAGCCGCGCGCCGGGGACGGCUGCUUUCUGGGAGAUGUGGGUUUCUGGGUGGAGCGCACCCCUGUGCAUGAGGCAGCUCAGCGGGGCGAGAGCCUACAGCUUCAGCAGCUGAUUGAGAGUGGGGCAUGUGUUAAUCAGGUCACCGUGGACUCCAUCACACCCCUUCAUGCGGCCAGUCUGCAGGGCCAGGCCCAGUGUGUGCAGCUGCUGCUGGCAGCUGGUGCCCAGGUGGAUGCCCGCAACAUUGAUGGCAGCACCCCCCUUUGCGAUGCCUGUGCCUCAGGCAGCAUCGAGUGUGUGAAGCUCUUGCUGUCCUAUGGGGCGAAGGUCAACCCGCCUUUGUACACAGCAUCCCCCCUCCACGAGGCCUGCAUGAGUGGGAGUUCUGAAUGUGUGAGGCUUCUUAUUGACGUUGGGGCCAAUCUAGAAGCUCACGAUUGCCAUUUCGGGACCCCUCUACAUGUUGCCUGUGCACGAGAGCAUUUGGACUGUGUCAAAGUGUUACUCAAUGCAGGGGCCAAUGUGAACGCAGCAAAACUUCAUGAGACUGCCCUUCAUCAUGCGGCCAAGGUAAAGAAUGUUGACCUCAUCGAGAUGCUCAUAGAGUUUGGAGGCAACAUCUACGCCCGGGACAACCGGGGGAAGAAGCCCUCGGACUACACGUGGAGCAGCAGCGCCCCAGCCAAGUGCUUUGAAUACUAUGAAAAGACACCUCUUACCCUCUCCCAGCUCUGCAGAGUGAGCUUGAGGAAGGCCACUGGCGUUCGAGGGCUAGAGAAAGUCGCCAAGUUAAACAUCCCUCCACGGCUCAUCGACUACCUUUCCUACAAUUGAGCUGCAAGCAGGUGGCGGGAAAGGCUUGUGACUUGCCUGGCUAUCACCUUGCUGUGCCUAGCCUUGGGCCCUAAAGAGUUCUGUCUAUUUCUCUGAAA